AUGCUCGCUUUUAAAUUAGCUAUCGUCACAGGUAAUUAUUAUGUAUUUUAUUCAUAAAACGUGAAAAAAAUGCGUUCGAAAAGAAAACAAAAAAGGCUUCAGGAGGAGGAUCUGGAAUUGGGCGGGAGGUUUGUAAAAAGCUUGCUGCUUCGGGAGCCCGUCUCAUUGUGACUGAUCUGAAUGAAUCGGCAGCGGGUUCUACAAUAGAUAGUUUGGCAGGAAGUGGACAUGCCGCAUUCCGAAUGGACGUUAGCAAAGUUAAUAAAACAUUCGUUUCUUUUUCACUGUAUGAUUUUCAGAUUGUCGAAGUGAACAAGUUCAAAGAAUAUCUCGGAUCGUUCGAUUCUCCACCUGCAGUGCUCGUAAAUUGUGCUGGAAUUACAAAGGUUUCAGAAAUCAUCAUUACUUGUAUUUGUUUACGGUAUAUAUAUAUAUAUAUAUCCAGGACUCGACAUUGCUGAAAAUGAGAGAAGAGCAAUGGAAGGAUGUUAUUGAUGUGAAUUUAACGAGCAUUUUUCUGGUGAGACUGUUGCGAGACGGAUAGAAUAAUGUUCAUUUUCUCCCGGUCUCUCAAGCUGUUGCUCGAGAAGCCGUUCAAAGACAGUCGCCUCUCUCCAUUGUGAACGUCUCCUCGAUUGUCGGAAAAAUUGGAAAUUUCGGACAAACCAACUACGCAGCUACGAAGGCAGGAGUCAUCGGAUUCACAAAGUCUGCGGCUAGAGAGCUCGCCACCAAGGUAUUGCAAAGUAAAAGAAAUGCAAAGCAGAUAGUCUCUCCUUUAGAAAAUUCGCGUCAAUGCUGUCCUUCCGGGCUUCAUCCGCACUCCGAUGACGGAAGCGAUGCCUCCAAAAGUUCUCGAAGGAAUGGUGUCGAUGGUCCCACAACGAAGACUUGGAGAGCCCGAAGAGAUUGCCGAUGCCGUGCUGUUCCUGGCUUCGGACAUGUCAUCCUACGUGACAGGAACAACUAUCGAAGUGACCGGAGGGCUCGGAAUGUAA